AUGUCUCCGAUCAAGCUUCUUCUUACUGGCGCUACUGGGUAUAUCGGAGGAACUGUUCUCACGCAGCUCCUCAACUCAAGCAUCCCGGAAAUCAAGGAGCUGUCAAUCUCCGUCCUAAUCAGAAAACCAGAACAAGCCGAACUCUACGCUUCGAAAGGUGUUAACCUAAUCACCUUCGACGGUCUGGAAGACGUAGAGUGUCUACGACGGGUAGCCGGCGAGCACGAUAUUAUUCUUCAUGCCGCAGACUCAACAAAUCCUUCCGCUGCCGAAGCGUUGACAUUAGGGCUUGCAGAUACUCAAGGGAGCACCAAGAAAUACUUUAUACACACCAGUGGAACUUCCAGCCUCGGAGACCGACCUGUCACCGAACAGCUUAUCGAGAAUAGGGAAUUUUCCGAUAAGAAUGACGAUAUAUACAGCUACUUGAAACAACGCGAAGCCGUUGAAUCAUAUGCCCAACGGGCCACGGAUAUCAAAACCGUUGAAGUCGGUGAGAAGGUUCCCGGCGUUGACACCCUCAUCAUCAAAGCGCCUAUAAUACACGGCAGAGGGACGGGUUUCUUCAAUCAAAAAUCCUUCCAUAUCCCAGUUCUCAUCAAAGGUGCAGUUGCCGCUGGCCACGCUCAGUAUGUGGGUGACGGUGCAGGUAUAUGGGAUUAUGUUCAUGUGGUCGAUCUAGCUGAACUUUUCGAGCUUUUAGUGGCUAAGAUCUUGAAGAAUGAUACUAAAGGUUUAUUAACGGGGAGGAAGGGGAUAUACUUUGCAGGCACUUUGAGACAUUCUUGGAAGGAGUUAGCUGAGAGUAUAGCCCAGCACUGCUAUGAAGCCGGCCGUCUGGAAUCGCCGACACCACAAUCAAUUAGCCUUCAGAAAGCUGCGGACAUAUAUACCGGAGGAGACGAGCAUAUAGCGGAGGUAGGAUUGGCGUCUAACUCCCUCACAGUUGCCGAUCUGGCUCGUGAGAUUGGAUGGACGCCGAAGAUGAAAGAGACGGACUUUCAGCAGAGUCUCUUGGAUGACAUUAAUCUUUUAUUUGGUUCUGCAUAG